GCACUCCGCUUUUCCUUUUGGUGCAUACACCCACCAUUCCUGGAGAAUGUGAAAGCAUCGUCUUUAUUCCUACGAAAGAUUUAAGAGUCUAUACAAUCCAGGAACUCUAUGACCUGUUUAUUUAAAAUGAAAGACAACCACAAUAGAUGCUUCUCUUUGUCGAUGUAAGAAAGAAAUAAAACUUUUUAACUCGGGAGGAGUGUUGGAGGGGAAUUCUCGACAAAGUAAGAAGAUCCGUAUAUUGCGAAAAACAAUUAUGCAAGUUUAAUGUACGUAUCGUUUUCGACAAGCAAAGCAUUCUGAUGAGUAAAUUGAAAUCACUUCAGCUUACGGGUUUCUCAAAAUGAAACAUACAUGAUCAAGGACAGAUCCAGAACCAAAAGGUUUAGGGCUAACCUUUUCAGGGGCAAAAGAUAUGGGAGGUUUGGGGCUUUUUACACACUUUGGGGAGGUAGAGAAAUUCAAAUAUUCUCUCUCUCGUGAUAUUUGAAAUUGUUUUUUCGUGGGGAACUUAUACCCCAAUUACUGCAUUUGCAAAACUAGAGAAGUGGAUGAGGCAAGCCCUGUUUGCCUCACGUCCAUCUUAUCAGGAUAUGUAGACGCGUCCUGAGUGGACCAGACCCCCCCCCAACAGAGAUGUAGCCUGAUAAGGGUUUAAUAAUGUUCAGAGUGCUAGAAAUCCGGAUCAAUGCUAGAAACUACUGGUGCCAAUAUGUUGUGGCUUGCUCUGACCAGCAGUCCUUAUUGGUUCAGUAUGACAUCAACUCUGGCCAAUCAAAACAUUUUUCUAGUCUUUUAGCUGCUGACUCCGAUUGGCAAAUAAUCUCAUUAGCAGCUUUUUUGGCAGCUCGCGGGGCUAUUUAAAGGUGGCAAAAUGCUCCCUACAAGCAUCAUUUCGCUGAAGACAAUCGAGUAUAGAGAUUAGAGAGGAGUGAAGUCUGUGCGACAUUAUUACAGAAGCAAAGUAAUCUACCGCCAGCUGGAUUUGGACCAUCGCAAGUCCAGGAACAUUCAUCCUAUUUAUUUCAACCUGCCUUAUUUAUUGAGCAACAAUCCAACGUUUGGGAGAGUAGUCCCACAUAGGAAGGCUCCUCAUCUGCGAGACAUCUGAUAAAAACUCCAUAGCAAGCCGUCGGAGAUGGAACAGUCACCGGGUUCUGCAAAGAUGGAACAGCCGUUGGUUUCAGCAAAGACUCCCAUAGCAGUCGUUGGCAUUGGAUGCCGAAUGCCUGGAGGUGUCAACUCCCCUAAAGAAUUCUGGGAUGCCUUGGUUCGGGGUGACGACAUGAUCAGCGAGGUUCCUCCGGACAGAUGGUCUUUAGAAUCAUUCCAUGAUCCUGAUCAAUCCAACCAUAGUAAGAUGGUGACAAGACGAUGUGGCUUCAUCCAUGACAUCGACAAGUUUGACAACACUUUUUUCAAGAUUUCACCUCGAGAGGCAAGCUCCAUGGACCCCCAGCAGCGCCACAUCCUCGAGGUCACCUACGAAGCAUUUGAAGACGCGGGAAUCAUCCCAAACACUCUCCAAGAAUCCUGUGGUGUGUACAUCGGUGUUGGCAUGAUGGAUUAUCCCAUUAUGCUAAUGGAUACCUCACUCACAAACCCCUACACUCACACUGGUGUGGCUCACUCUGCGGUCGCAAACCGCAUCUCUUACGCCUUCGACCUCCGAGGCCCCUCUUACGUCAUAGACACUGCCUGCGCGUCAUCUAUGACUGCCAUGCACAGUGCCUGUAAUGCAAUCUGGGAUGGCGAGUGCACCAUUGCUGUCGCAGGAGGCUGCAACAGUCUAAUCAUCCCUGAGGUUACUGUUGGUUUCAGCGCUUUGGGCGUCUUAUCACCUGAGGGAAAGUGCUGUCCAUUUUCUGAUACCGCCAAGGGCUACGUAAGAAGUGAAGGAUGGGGUGUCUUCAUCCUUAAGCCACUUGACUUGGCACAAGCCGACCAUGACCACAUCUACUCUAUCAUCCGUGGUAGUGCCAUUGCUGCAAAUGGUUUCAGCAAGAGUCUUACUAUGCCAUCAGCACCAGCCCAAGAGAUGGUGAUGAAGAAUGCCUAUGAACGCUCAGGAGUGCCGCUGUCUUUUGUGAGGUACGUUGAGGCACAUGGGACGGGCACACCUGUGGGCGAUCCCAUCGAAGCUGGUGCUAUUGGACGAACCUUUGGCCACCAAAAAGACACUCCAAUCAAAAUAGGAUCCGUGAAGAGCAACUUUGGCCACAAUGAGUGCGCUGCUGGGAUCACGGCUGCCAUCAAAGUGGCUCUCAUGUUAGAGAAGAAUAUGCUGGUGCCCACCAUAAACUUUUCGAACGCCAACCCCAACAUUGACCUACAACAACUCAACCUUCAAGUCCAGACAAAACUGGAGCCGCUGGACACAAAGCCAGAUGACGACUACACUGUGGGCCUCAACAGCUUCGGCUUCGCCGGAGCAGUUGCUCACAUGAUCUUCCAGAAGAGACCAAAAGCAAGACAGGUAACACUGAGAGAAUCAGUGGGCUGGAAGUUUGGUGAUGACAAAGUUGGUAGGCCAAUUAUCCUGCCACUUUCUGCAAAAUCAGGAGAAGCUCUGAAGGAUCUUGCAAAGAAGUGGCUGGAAUUUGAAUCUGACAACGAUGCCCUCAGCGUGACAUCAUGGCAGGCAACACGCAGAGAACAUCAUUCUUACCGGAUGGCUGUCAUCGCUGACUCUGCUACAUCUUGCAGACAGAGCCUAGAGGGGUUUCUUGAAGGUGCUGGAUCUGAAUCUGUAGUUACUGGCACAGCUUCUCAAGAAAAACCAAAGGUCUGUUUCGUUUUCCCUGGCCAAGGUCAGCAGUGGGAGGAUAUGGGCCGGAAACUAUACAUAGCUGAGAGCGUGUUCCGGGACACUGUUAACACCUGUGACAAAAUCUUCAAGAAGAUGUCUGGGUGGUCUCUACUGGAAUGUUGUGGAUUGUUCAACAGCCAUUCUAUUAAUCUCGACGAUUCACCGUACACGUCGGUAGAAAAUGCCCUCAAUCAAGUCGAAGUCAUCCAACCUGCCAUCAUGUUCAUUCAGGUGGCACUCUUCCAUCUCUGGCGACAUUGGGGAGUGCGACCUGAUGUUGUGGUAGGACACAGCCUCGGCGAGAUCUCUGCAGCUUACGCCAGUGGUGGACUGACCCUAGAGGAAGCUGUAGCCGUCAUUUAUCACAGAAGCCACGAGCAAGCCAAGCAAGAGGGCACUGGUAGAAUGGCUGCCCUACGAGCCACAAGGGAACAAGCAGAGAAGAUCUGUCAAGAACACCAGAAUCUCUACAUAGCAGCAGUCAAUGCACCUGGCGCAAUUACUCUCGCUGGCAACCGAGAUGUCAUUGCCAGUGUAGUUGAACAAAAUCCUGGAAAGGCUAAGCAACUCCGAGUAACUUGUGCCUUUCAUACUCCAGAGAUGGAUCCAAUCAAGGAGCCAUUCACUAAGGCCAUGGAAGGUGUUGUCAAGAGUGAACCCGGCCAUAGAGAUGUUCCUUACUACUCCACUGUGACAGGUGAAUACUAUGAUGGAAGUUUUGGCACUGAUUACUGGUGGAAAAACAUCCGAGGUGCUGUACUCUUCCAGCCUGCCAUAGAAGCUGUUCUGCAGGAGACAAGGGCCAAUGUCUUCCUUGAAAUUGCUGCCUCAAAUACACUGCUGUCUUCUGUGAAACAGAUCGCACGUGGUUUGGAUCCCAAGCACCCUCCUGUUACUAUCAACUCCAGCCUGCGGAGCAAAGACGAUCUGAAAAGUAUCCAGAGAGCAGUGGGAACCCUGUAUGCAAAUGGGACUGAAUUAGACUGGGCCGCAGUAACUCAUGAAUCGGCUGAGUGGACGCCGGUACCUACAUAUCCAUGGCAACACCAGUCUUUUUGGUUGGAGACAGAGGAGAGACAGAAGCGUCGCCUUGGUUUGGAUGACCGCACAUUCAAAGGGCAAAAUGGCAACCUCACAUUGGAGAUGUUCCCCUUCUUUGCUGAUCACGUGAUAGGCAACCGCAUUGUCUUCCCUGGUGCUGGCUACAUGGAGUACAUGGCACAGAUGGCUUUCGAGGAGACUGAAAAACCAGCUCUCAAAAACAUCAAUUUCACCCGUGUCCUGCCUUGGCCUGAAGACACAGACUCCAAGAAAUGCACCGUGAAGCUUGGGCUGGUGAAAGAUGGAGCAGGGCUGCAAGUCACCUGUGAAGGCAACCCGCACAGCAAUGCUAAGAUAGAUGUCUCCAGGAAAACGGAUGUGGAAGAAAGUCUUCCUCUUGAGAAGAUAACAGAACGGUGCUCAACUGAGGUAACAAGUGAGGACUUUUACGCCAGGCUCCAAGACGUGGGUCUUUCCUAUGGGCCUGCCUUCCAGAUGGUGAAUAAGAUGUUUCUUGGUGAUGGUGAGGCACUUGCCGUACUGCAUGCUGCUCCUGACAACAAACAGAGAAUCCAAGUGGCUCAUCUGGACGCAACUUUCCAACUCGCUUUGUCUGCCAUGGGCUCAAACAGCGGCAUGUACCUUCCUGUACACAUCGACUCCCUUGAGAUGUCCAGAGAGGCCAUUCCAUCUGGAGAACCCAUUCUUGCCUACACCAGAAUCAUCGACUGCGACAGUAUGAUCCUCACAGCAGAUAUCACCAUGGCUACUGAACAAGGUAAACUCUUAGCAACAUUGAAGGGGUUCCAGGCACAGAACUUCAAUGGAAAUCACUCAGAUGUUCCAAUUGAAUCUUGCAUCUACACUACCCAGUGGCAACCAGCCUCAGCAAAGACUCUGCCAACGUCAAUCGUCAAAGACGUUUUUGAAGAGAGCAAUCUUCGUCAGACAUAUGGGGAUGAGAUGGAUGCCAUUGAUCGAGCAGAAGAUGUUCUUGAUGAUGUUGAGGGCGUCUGCGUCUCUUACAUCCGACACGCCCUUGAUACAGUGCCACCUAAGGAAAGGGCACAGGGUAAGAGCUACACUAAGUACAUCAAUCGGUUUAAAACCAUUGCCAAGAAUGCAAGCAGCAAAGUCGUUGGGUAUCAAGAAAUUCCUGCAGUCUUGGAGAAGAUUAUCCAGCACGUUCCUGAGCUGGACUCAGAGGUGAACUUGAUCAAGAGUCUCGGUGAAGCCUUGCCUGACACUCUUCGUGACCCGCAGGUUGCCGUUCCCCUCAUGUUUUGUCCUGAGGGGCUGGACCGUUACUUCUAUGACUCACUCAGCACAAGAAUCUACUACAAAGCUGGAGCUGAAGCAGUAGUCAGGGCUGUUCGAGAAGCUGCCAAGCACAAAAAGGUAGUCCGUGUCCUGGAGCUUGGGGCUCGGAUUGGAGGUUUGACUCGCUUCAUUGUUGAUCCACUGAAGGAUUUGGGAACUGAAAAGAAAAUGGAGUAUGUCUUCACUGAUGUGAGUGCCACCUUCUUCCAGCAAGCCCAGGGGAACCUCCAGGAGUUUCCCUUCAUCCAGUACAAACAGCUAGACAUUGAAAAAGACAUCAGAGACCAAGCGUUUGUUCCUGGCAGCUUCGAUGUUGUAAUAUGUCUCGAUACCCUGCACGCAGCUGUUGAUGUUCAAAGAAGUACAGCCUUCAUGACAAACCUACUCAGUACAGAUGGGUUGAUGUUUAUUAUAGAGGGAACCAACACACACUACCUGACUGAACUGUGGUUUGGGGCUCUUGAUGUAUGUUGGGUCUUUGAUGAUUUUCGUAAGGAGCGAUGCUGGCUGAAUCACCAAGGCUGGUUGGUAACCAUGGAGAAAGUUGGUCUCAGAGAAAUCUCAUCAGCAUCCUCGCCAAACGAAUUCUUCCAUUCUGUGUUUGUGGGAAGAAAGCCUUCCGUUACUGAACAAAAUCACCGAAGAUACAUCCAUCAAGAGGGGCUACUCAUAAUUCGCGAUGGCAACAACAGAUUCUCAUCAGAAUUUCUUCCUCACUUUCAUGGCGAGGUCCAGAUCAGCAACUUCUCUGAGGCAAAAUCUCUGGAUCGUACAUUCAGCGAGCACGAAGACAGCCCAAUGGAGGUGAUGUACAUCUACAGCGAAGAAGACGCCGAGCUCCAUGCUCUCUUGAAACUUUUCCAGGCAGUGGAGUCGUACCCCGACGCUGUGAAGAAAAUUUGGGUGGUGACCAAGGGAGGUAAUAUGGACUCCUCUCGUGUAAAUGGAUCUCUGGCUGUUGGCCUAACCAGGGCUGUCAGCAAUCAGAUUCCAGGUGUGUCAAUUUUCUCAGUGGAUUUUGACCCACAAAGUUCUCUUCCAGAAAAUGUCCAAGAGAUGCUGAAGCUGAUGAAUGAUCCUAAUCUCGGGGAAAGAGAGCUUGUGAUCCGUAAGAAGGAACGGCUUGUUCCACGAGUAAUGCAUCAAGAUCUGAACACAAGCAACAAGAUCCAGUCCACGAGAUGGCGUGUGGAGCAGGAUUUACGAGGUCAAGUAGGUAAAGGUGCUUCCAUCGAUGAUCUUAAUUUUCACAAUGUCUGUGAUUUUGAAGUCCCACCAGGCCACAUGAAAAUUAGAGUCAAGGCAGCUCCUCUCAACUUCAAAGAUGUCAUGAUGGCACUUGGUCUUCUUGAAGGAUUAGAAAGUGAGGCACACCCAUCCUUUGGUCUGGAGUGUGCUGGAGUUGUAGAAGAAGUUGCACCUGGGGCACAGGGUUUGAAAGUUGGUGAUGAAGUCAUAGCAUUUGGGAAAAGCUGUUUUGGUUCUCAUGCCAUCUGUGAUGCCAGACUGACUGUCUUGAAACCGGAAAAUCUCAGCUUCGUAGACAGUUCCAGUAUGGGUGUGGUGUUUGUGACUGCCUAUCUUUGCCUCGUCGAGCGAGCCAAUCUGCAGAGGGAUGAGACCGUCUUGAUUCAUUCAGCCUGUGGUGGAGUUGGUCUAGCAGCUAUCCAGAUUGCUAAAAUGAUAGGUGCCCGGAUUAUCUGCACAGCUGGUACAGAGGAGAAGAGGGCCUACCUACAGAAGGAGCUUGGUGUCGACAUGGUUAGUGACUCAAGGUCAUCUCAAUUUUAUGAUGACGUCAUGAAAUGGACCAAUGAUGAGGGAGUGGACGUGGUCUUAAACUCUCUGUCUGGCAAGCUGCUUCAAACAGGUAUAUCCCUGCUUGGUCCAGGUGGAAGGUUCUGUGAGAUCGGUAAGAGGGACAUUCUGCAGAGUUCCAACCUCCCCAUGGGAUUCUUCCUGGAGAACAAGGUCUUUCAUUCCUGCCAAGUAGAUGUCUUAAUGAAGCAGCGUCCAGCAACAGUUCAGAAAAUCAUGCGGAAGGUUGUCUGCCUGUUUGAGAACGAGAAGCUGAAGCCCAUUCCAGUCACAGUCCAUCCCAUCAUGGAACUUAAGGAAACAUUCCGGGUGAUGUCUAAGGGCUCUCACAUUGGCAAGAUCGCCUUUGAAGUACCUGAAGAUUUCCAGCCACCAGAAUUACAGCCCUCACUGCACCUGUUCAGGUCCAGUGCCACCUACAUUAUCACUGGUGGGUUUGGUGGCAUUGGGCAAGCUCUCUCCAGAUGGCUUUGUCAGAAUGGUGCCAAGAGCAUUGUUCUUGUCUCGCGAAGGGGGGCUCAGACAGCAGCUGCGAGGAGGACAGUGAACUACCUGAAGCGCAACAAAGUUAACCUUUACGAGUUCUCUCUUGAUAUUUCAAGCAAAAAGAGCGUUGCGUCAAUGUUGGAGAAGCUGCGAGAUAACAAGAGAGUCCCUAAAGUCAGAGGUAUCUUCCACCUGGCAGGUGUCAUUGAAGAGGAAAAUCUGUCACAGAUAACAUUUGACCAGUUGUCCCGCAUUCUGGGUGCCAAGGCAAAGGGAGCCAGAAUCCUCCAUGAGCUGACUCAAGAGGACCAACUUGACAUCUUCUUCAUGCUGUCUUCGAUUUCCACUACCUGGGGACAUCAAGCACAGCCCGUCUAUUGCGCCGCUAACGCCUACCUUGACGCCUUGGCUGAGAAGCGACACAGCAACGGCUUACCUGCACUCUCAGUGCAGCUGGCACCCGUCAGAGGAGCUGGGUACCUGGAGGACAAGGGACAGACAGUUAAGGUGCUAGCCAUGAAGGGAAACCACCAGCUCUAUGUUGAUGAGUUCCUUGCAGUGCUGAGUCAUCUUCUGCCACACAGGGAUCUGCCGUGUGUCUGCCUUGCAAACCAGGACUGGGGAGCAACACAGCAAUUCUGCCACAAGAACAUGCUGAAAUUCCACCACUUGGCGGCACACAAUUCCAAAUCAUCCGGUGGGGAGGCUCGUUGCCUUGACGCCGCAGACCUGGAAGCCAGUGUAAAAUCCAAGAUGGCAGAACUUCUCUGCAUGCCUGAAGAAUCCAUUGACGUCACUCAGCCCAUGGUGAACUAUGGCGUGGACUCUCUGGUUGCUUUGGAAAUGGUAAACUGGGCGACCAAUCAGCUGGGAGUUACCAUUUCCCAAUUGGACAUCUUGGGUGGUAUAACUACAGCCGCUCUAUUGGAGAAGGCUGUGGAGGCAAACUAAAUCCGCAAAAGACAAAAACAAAGGCUUAACGCAGGAAAUGGAUCAAGAAACUGCCGAUUGCAUAUUCUUUCGCGUCGUGUCUUUUGUGACGUAUUUUAUUAUUUAUAGAACGUGUAAUAUAAAUCACAAAUUUAUUGGAAACGAUUUUUAGAAUUUAUCUUCUGGAAUUUAACUUGUUUAGAAGCAAACACUUUGUUUUCAAAAGAGGAGUUUUCACAAGAAUUGAAUAUUUUCACAAACUCGACUCACUUUUUGACAGCAUAACUUGUAAGAAGUGGUUGAAAACUGAUGUUUGAGUUGAAAUUCUGCGAUAUUUAUACACCGUGUUGAAACACAAAUUGAACUGUGUGGUUGUUUUAAUGUUUUUGUUGUGUUGUGCCAAACUGAGACCAGUUACUCGUGUGAAAAGAUGUGUUUUUUAAACUAUGCUUAAACUAAUAACUAUUUGUUUAUACAGGAGUAUUUAAAUGAUGUUUUUAUGUACUGCAAGAGAGAAAGGUUAAAUGCAAAGAGCUUACAGUAAACAUGUACAUGAUUGACAGCAGAUAAAAACUGCAUUAUAGAAGAUGCACAAAUAUGACAAAAGAAGCCAACUCAAAUAAAAUCUGUCAUUUUCAUCCUUUAAAGCUCUAUGUAACUGUAUGGGACGCGGUCUUUCAUAGGGAGCCCUACCAAAAAUUGAAUUUGCUAACGACUAGAACAGGUUUCAGCGUUACUGUUUAAAAAAGGACACCUAACAAAUCUUGGCAACAAUAGGGAAUCUGCCUUGAAAUAUUUCUCAAACCGUUUUACACAAUAUGACAUUUCUCUUGGUAUUUUAUACUAACACUGUACUGAGUAACAACCAAAGUAACAACACUUCCUUUCAUGAGAAGAUAGAGGAGAUUGAAAGUUAGAAAUAUGUUUGAAAUUUUAAAACUACUCUGUUAUUUCUUUAAUUGUAUUUAUAUUUACAGCAUUUUGGAUAGCGCAUUAAAAAAGGGUUUGCUGUGUAGUGUAGAAAUCUAAACUAAUGGUGCGCUUUAUUCACAAAAUGAAUAUUGACCUCGGAGGGCUAAGAGGCUCUCCUAAGGCUGAAUAUGGAGAAUCCCGCUUGUGAUUAAGGCCGAGUGGCCACUUGCCCGUUACGUGUUAAACAUGAGCUUGUUGGGUACUUCAUCAAGGCAAGGUCUUUCGGGAACAAAGCACCUGCGUACAAGUGCUCAUCGGAUCGGCACACUGCUGAUACAACAGUGUGCAAAACAGUCUCGCACGGGCUUCAGUUUGGGCAAGCGCUGGUUGGAAUGCCAAGCUUAUAAUUACAGUGGCCUAUUGUGAAUGCUACGCCAUUUGAACGAAUGGAAACACACACAGCGAUCACAGGGUUAUUAUAGGCGGUGAGAGAAAUGCAUGUUGGGCAGGUUUUCCAAUGGGAAAUGGUGCGAGGACCACUUUCUUGCUCUUUACGCACACAGUUCAGAGAGCGGGCAUGUAGACGUCUAUACUGCAGUGUAGACUCAUUUUUAUGAAUUCAAAUGUCAGGAAACUUAAUAUUCAUGAACAAAACUUGCAGUGGCUACACUUGUGAUUUUAAUAACUAUCCAUAUGAUUUCAAGUCGGGGUUGUUGGUUUUCAGUUUCGAUUAGCCGAGAACACUCACUCAAGCUUCUUGACAGUUCGUGUGGUGUGGCGCAUUGGUGCUUGUAAUAAAGCUGAUGCGGCUUUGUAAAUUUCUGACUGAAAUAUUUUACUGUAUUUUGUCAAAAGCCUGGCCCCAUGCUCUAAGCGAGAAUAAUGCAAAAUCACUUCUAUGAAAAUGUAAGGUACAAUACACGAAACGUUUGCACACCUGUAUCAAAUAUGAUAAUGUAUAUAAAAUUUUCCAGAAGCCUGA